GGUGGGGAAGUAGCGGAGGAAGAAAAUAAGCCCGAACGACCUUGCGAGCCUGGGCGGACCCCAUUCCAGAGCUGGGGGGUCUCUUCUCCGCUCGCCGGGCGAGCUCCACCCACCUCCCCUCCCGCUCCGAGGGAUCAGGUGACCGGCGGGCGGCGUGGUCACGUGACGGACGCGCCCGCCACUUGCGGCCAUGGCGGCCGCAGGCUCGGCGGUGGUGAAGCGAGUGGAGGAGCUCGGGGACCUGGCUCAGGCCCACAUCCAGCAGCUUAGCGAAGCCGCCGGCGAAGACGAUCACUUUUUAAUUCGGGCCUCUGCAGCUCUAGAAAAAUUGAAACUUUUGUGUGGAGGAGACAAAGAAUGUUCAAGUCCAUCAGAUCUUCUAGAACUUUAUACACAGGCUAUUUUGGACAUGACAUAUUUUGAAGAGAACAAGCUAGUAGAUGAAGAUUUUCCUGAAGAUUCUUCUCCAAAAGUAAAAGAGCUGAUCAGUUUUCUUUCAGAACCAGAAGUACUAGUUAAAGAAAAUAACAUGCAUCAAAAACACUGUAAUUUGCUUGGGGAUGAACUUCUGGAAUGUCUUUCUUGGAGACGAGGAGCCCUGCUCUAUAUGUAUUGUCACUCUCUAACCAAAAGAAGAGAGUGGCUCACAAGAAAAUCUAGUUUGCUUAAAAAGUACCUUGUUGAUGGAAUUCGUUACUUGCUACAGAUGCUAAAUUUUCGAUCUCCUGUCCAAUUAAAUGAAGAAGUUUCUUUCCAAGACCUAGAUACAGCUAAAUUACUAAGUGAAGGAAUAUUUAGUGACAUCCAUUUACUGGCUAUGAUGUACAGUGGAGAAAUGUGUUACUGGGGAUUGAAACAUUGUGCUGAUCAACAGCCAGAAAAUAAGGAAAUGGAUCCUGGGGAUUCUGGAGCAAGCGACAGUACACACAAAGAACCGUUGGAUUUCCGAGAAGUAGGAGAAAAAAUUUUGAAAAAUCUUAUACGGAGCAGGGCGGAACAGAAUGCCAUCAGUGAGUGUCUGCGUGUGUUCCAGUCUCAGCUGUGUAAUCCUGCUCUAGUUCACUCUUCUCAGCAUUUAAAAGCCAGAUGCACUUUUGAUAGAUUAUUAAACAUUUUGACAGAGCCUUUUGGCACAAGGAGAAUCUACCCUGCUUGGCCUACUUGUGUCUCCUUCUAGAACUCUGUGAAGAUUUUUAUUCAGCUUUUUAAGAGAUUUCACAGGCUUAUCUGAGAACAUGGAGAAUGGGUUUUGGACCACCACAGUGAGAUAAGUUACACAAUUUUUUUUUUUUUGGUUUUCCAACACAUGUAAAAUUAUGUUUAUAUUAUGCUGUGCACUAGAAUUAUCUUAAAGUAAAAGUGAAAAUUGUGUCUUAUGUGUAUUCCCUAAUUAAAUGUGACACAGAGACACAGGUGAGUGCAUGGCUUUUGAAAAAAAGGAACCAGUAGACUUGAUCCAUGUGGGGCUGCUAUGGAUUUGUUAAAAACCUUAGAUUUAUUAAAAACUGCAACAUCUGCAGUGGGCAAUCGAGCAGUGCACUAUAAGAAGGUAUGCCUGGGCUGUGAAGAUAGUUUUGUGCUUUCUAAUUCUAAACCUGUAAGUCAUUUUUAAUGUGUUUUAGAAACACAGACUACCCACCCUGCCUCCCUUUUGGAGCAUCAUGAUCAACUGCAAGUAAAUCCUUCCCCAAUGUGCUGGUGUGUUUUUCUCCUUCACUGCCCUUUGCACAUUUCAUUAGUAAUACCUGAAAUGCUUUGUCUUCUUUUGUGGUCAAAUGAUGACCUAAUUAGCUUUUAGGACUCAGCUCAGUGAUACCGCUUCUAUGAGGCUUUUUGUUGGUCUUCCCCAUCAAAAUUAGAUGAUUCUUUGCUUGUUCCUUCAAUAUUCCUCUUCUAUGUUAUCACUCUGAUUACAUUGUAUAGUACUUAUUUCUCUUAUGAGUUGGUAGACUUUAUAUAUUUAAAAAAAUCUUGACACAUAGUGUUUAGUGAUAGACCCUUAGUGAUUUUUUAAAAUAAGACAUUAAUUAACAAGUGCCAAAUGGCCAAAAAGGUUGCAACUAUUGUAUUUUAAACUGCCAUGCCUUAUAGGGCAAACAGGGAAUUACUUAACCCUCAAAGGAGUAAAGUGUUACUUUGAUUUAGAACUUAAGAAAACAAGUAAACUCUCUUAGGAACGUCCAUUUUUGCCUUUUACACUUUGGUGAAUCACAGGGGUCUUUCACUGAUUGGUAUAGUUAUGAGGAAAAACUGGGUGCUCUUUGUGCAACUUUUCUAUACCUCUAUACCUCCUCAUCCCCCGCUUUCCACACGAUUGUAGAAUCAUUUAUAGACCAUAAUAAUUAAAUGGUUUUUGUAUUACAAAAUGGUUAUUACAGCAAUGGUUAUUGCAGCAGUGGUUACUGUGUUACAAAAUCAUGACCAACAUAUUUUGUAUGUGUUAAAGCCUGCUAAGUAAAUUAUUUCAUUUAGAAUAAAGUAAACUCAAGAUAACCAAAUUCUCCUCAAGAAAAAAAUACUAAAAUUUACUCAGUUCACAAAUACUCGGUGUCUACUGCAUGCCAUGUUUUGUCCCAGGCUCUGAGGAUGUCACUAAAGCAUAUUCUUUUGGAGCUUACGUUCUAGUGGAGCACAUUUUAAGAAGUGGACAUUAUGUACGUUCAGGUACGAGAGCUUUGAAGAGUGAAGUGGGUGUAUUACUGACACACAUGUUUCCUACAAGCUGGCCCAGUGGUGCUCAGGGCUUGCUCAUGGUUCUGUGCUCAGGGUGGUGUUGGGAGAUCAAACCCUGCUUGGCCGCAUGCAGGACAAGUGUCUUACCUGUACUACUCUUCUGGCCUUGUUACAGAUAUUCUAUUACUGAAUUAAGGAAUGAGUCACUACCUGAGCAUUCUCAUUUUGAUUACAUUUGAAGGGUUUCUCUCCAGAAUGCUUUAGGAUGAGCGGUGAUGAAGGAGUGUUGCUGCGUUUAUUCAACUUUGAGCCUCUUUUCCUUUUGAGUCUUUGAUGAUUGCUCACACUUCAAGCGUUAAAGGAUUCUUUAUGCUUAAAUUUCUGUGACUUUUUCCCAGUUUUCGUUUUCUGAGGUUAAUAAGGCUUUCAGAGUUAAGGCCUGGAGCUGCAGAGAGAGUACAGCAGAUAAGGCACAUGCCUUCUCACGGCUCACCUAUUUGAUCCCUGGUCCCCAGCAUGGCAUAUGGAACCCCCCUGACCAAUGCCAGGAGUGACCCCUGAGCACAGAACAGGAGUAAGCCCCAAGCAUAGCUGGGUCUGACCUGAAUGCCCUCCCCACCAAAAAAAUAGACUUAAGGUCUGGCCUGUCUGUUUCACUAUACUUACAGUGUUUCUGGUGACAGUAUACUGAUGCUAAUUAAGUGCAGCUCUCAACUAAAAGUUUUCCUUAUUCUUUUGCAUAUAAUGGAGUGAGAUGAGAGUCUUGGCUAAAAUCCCAUAAUAAAAUACUGUUCCUAUUUUUAUAGUCCCACUGUGAGUUCUCUGAUGUUCACUAAAGUCUACCUAUGUCUGAAGGCAUUCCUGUUGGAGUACACGGAGCUUAGGUUUAUCAGAUUGUACCCAUCACAGCCUUUUAUUUUCUGUGUGUUUACACACAUUCCUAAAUUCACUCUAAUGAUUUUUUCCCUUCCUGGAAUCAAAGGUCAAAACCAGGGUUUCUCACAUGCAUGGCAAGUGAUUCAGCAUUGAGGUAUGUCUUUAGUCCCUUGUAAUGACAUUUAAAAAAACAACUUGGGGCUUGAGCGAUAGUGCACAGUAGGUAAAGUGCUUGCCUUGCACGUGACCAGUUGGAAUUCCAUCCCCUGCAUCCCACAUGGUCCUCCAUGCACUGCCAAGAGUGAUUCCUGAGUGUAGAGCCAGGAGUAAGCCCAGAGCAUCACCUCAUGUGCCCUCGAAACAAAACAAAAAUCCCAAUACAGCUUAAUGAGGUUCCAAACAAUAUCCCUGGGGGUCAAUUCCUAAUAACCCAUAGUCUGCUCCCCUACCCUCUCCCCCCAAAAAGUUAAAACCAAACUCCACAGGUGGUUGGCAUGUUAGUUUUAGGUUGUCAUUUUUCUGUUCCUACCAGGGCUCCUUCUGUUGGUUCCUAUAAAGCUAUCACAUCUGCCAUAGAAUCCAGUAUUUUGUCAUUAUUUAGUGUUACUUCCUGUUACUAUGUAUUUUUUACUGCAGUAUGAGAUGCCAUGUUAUAGAAGUAUUACAUUUAAAUACAUAAACUGUAUCUAUGAUUAAAGUGUACAUUAUGUAUUCA